GCCGAAAAAACCGGUAAACGUCAAGUCUUAAUCAGACCAUCCUCCAAGGUCAUCAUCAAAUUCUUGACCGUUAUGCAAAAACACGGUUACAUUGGUGAAUUUGAAUACAUUGAUGAUCACAGAUCCGGUAAAAUCGUUGUUCAAUUAAACGGUAGAUUAAACAAAUGUGGUGUUAUCUCCCCAAGAUUCAACGUUAAGUUCGGUGACAUUGAAAGAUGGACUGAUAACUUAUUACCAGCUAGACAAUUCGGUAAAAUCAUCUUAACCACCUCUGCUGGUAUCAUGGAUCACGAAGAAGCCAGAAGAAAGCACGUUGCCGGUAAAAUCUUGGGUUUCGUCUAUUAAU